CAAUAAUUCUUUUUUUUUUUUUGUUAAAAAAUAGUUUUUUUAAAGCUUUAACCAUUUGAUCAAGCAGCCUUAUUCAAAUAAAAGAUUUUAGGUGGACUCGAACUCGAAACAUCGUAGUGGCAGACAUCAAAGCAUAACCAACUACGCUAGAUCAUGGAGGCAACAGAAUUGCAUUAAGCUUCAUCUUUCUCUGAUAAAAACUUCCACAAUCUUCCAGUGAGUUAUGCUAAAGAAGAGAUCAAGAAGCAAGCAAGCUUUAAUGGCGGAAACAAACCAGAACCAGACACAUCAAAAACAGAGUAAACCGACGCCGUUUCCAAGGCUCUUCACAGCUUUCAGUAGCUUCAAAAGCUUCACUGAAAACGACGCUGUCGCGAGCCCGACUUCGAUCCUCGACAACAAACCUUUCUCCGUUCUGAAAAACCCGUUCGGAUCCGACAACCCGAAACUCCAAGAAACCCAUCUCAAACCCGAACCCAGAAGAAUCGGACUCGCCAUCGUCGACUCUCUCAUCCAAGACGAAAACUCCGAACCCGGAUCCGGAACAAUCCUAUUCGGGUCACAGCUUCGGAUCCGGGUCCCGGAUGAUUCUCCACGCUCCUCGUCGGACUUCGGGAUCAACACGAGGAACACUCAACCGGAGUCGACAACGAAGAAACCAACUUCCGGGUCGCCCCGGAUAUUCUCCGGCUACUUCUCCGCCAGCGAUAUGGAGCUAUCUGAGGAUUACACAUGCGUGACGUGUCACGGGCCUAACCCGAGAACCAUUCAUAUAUUCGAUAACUGCAUCGUGGAGAGCCAACCGGGCGUCGUGUUCUUUCGGAGCUCCGACCCGGUUAACGAAUCGGAUUCGGAUUGUUCCCCACCCGACAGCUUUCUCAGUAGUUGCUGUAACUGUAAGAAGAGUCUUGGUCCUCGUGAUGACAUUUUCAUGUACAGGGGAGAUAGAGCCUUCUGUAGCAGUGAGUGCAGAGCCUUGGAGAUGAUGUCUGAUGAAAAUGAUAAUUAAAUAUUUUUUUUU